CUAUUUUUUUCCUGACUUCCUCUGGGAUGAACUGUAGCAAUCUUUCACAUUUGUUUUCUUAAUAAUGUAUUUCUUCAUGUGAUCUGGCUGGAGUGAGAGCGCUCCAACUGCCUCUUUACCAUACGACUCAUAUUACUGCAGACAUUGGUGAAUACUUGAUCUUCUUAUCCCAUGAUGUCAGUCCAAGCCACAGCACUGAUUGGAAUUCUGAUUUCUUUUGUGACUUCAUCAGUCGCAGACACAUGCAGUGCAUACAGGGGUUACCCUGGUGUGCCAGGCAUUCCAGGCUCACACGGGCCAAAUGGGAAAGAUGGGCCAAAGGGACUGAAAGGAGAUGACGGGGAUCACGGCCAGCUUUUGAAGGGGCAGAAGGGGAAACCUGGGUUGAUGGGGUUCCCAGGGAGGGCAGGCGUUGAGGGGGACCCUGGGUUUCCAGGCAUACCUGGAUUUCCAGGUCCCAAGGGAGAGAGAGGGAUAUCAAUGGCAGUCACUUCUUCCAAGAAAUCCUACUUCUCCGUCAAAAAGUUCUACAAAAACCAGCUCAAACGAGACACCCCCAUAGAGUUUGAAGGGGCAGUCGUAGAGGGCGACUCCCUGAACAAAGGAGUUUUCCGGAGCACCAUCAAGGGCUACUACUAUUUUGCCUUCCACGUGACUGGGCGCGCUGUCAUCUGCCUCAAUAUUAAGAAGGGACUGGAGACGAAGGUGGGUUUCUGUGACUCAGCAGAGAGAGGUUUCCUGGUGACCUCUGGCUCAUUGGUGCUGAAGCUGGAAGUGGGGGAUGAAGUCUCCUUACAGCCCACUGACAACAUCUCUGUCACGAGCGGUGCUGGUGCUGACAGCAUUUUCACCGGCUUUCUGCUCUUCGCAGUCAGCUAGAGCUCCCCUGUAGGCCACAGGUGGAACAACUCUGGAGCACUGCCAAUAAUAAUAGUAUAAAUAUUUCUUUUAAAAACUUCACUACUGUCAUAUGUGGCAGUGAAAAUGAUACUUUCUGCUUUCACUUAUUUCAUACUAUUAAGUGACUGUACUGGAACGUGUUAAAAAAUAUGCCAUUAUUUGUAACAAUAAAUAAGCCACAAACAGCA